CCGCCGCAGCCUAAACCUUUUGGGUCUGGUGCACAGGACGCCGCUCGCCUUUCCGCAGCCAUCUUCCACCCGGUGCCAGACACCGUCCAGUGGAGUCGCUGCAGCGAUGGGGACGGAGGCAGGCGCAGGUUACUUCCAGAGGUGCAAUCUGCUGUGGCUCACAGUCAUCACCGUCUCCGUCAGCUACUACACGUGGGUGAUCUUCUGGCCUCAGAGUGUCCCUUAUCAGAGCUUUGGACCCCUGGGUCUCUUCACAAAGUACCUGGUGGACCACUAUCACGGCCUGCCAAGGCAUGGGUAUUGGCUUUCUUGGCUGAUUCAUGUGGGAGAGUCCGUGUAUGCCUUGGUAUUAUGCAAGCAUAAAGGAAUCACAGAUAGCCAGGCCCAGUUCCUUGGUUCCUACAGACUAUCCUGCUUACUUAUAGACCAAAGCACCAAAAACACAAUUAAAGGAGACAGCAAAAUUGCCUCCCCACUUCUUCAAGUCCUCCUUUCAGUGGGUUCUGGUUUCGGUGAUGAUCUUUCUGUUUUCUAG